AUGUCAUACAGAGGUCAAGGUAACAAUUUGAACGGGUUUCCAACUUCGAACCCUAAUGGUUCUCAAUUUGGAAUGCCAUCUCCUAAUAUCGGUGGAUCUGGUAUUGCUAAAGGUUUCCAGCCAGUAGAUCAAAUGAUAGAUGUGUGGAUGAAAAAAGUUGAACGUUUAAUGGAUCAUCCAACCGUUCAAAAGUUCCGUCCUUAUAUCCCUAGCAUUGCAAGAUUUUUUAUCGUUGCUACAUUUUAUGAAGAUGCUUUGAGAAUUUUGACUCAAUGGUCUGAUCAAGUGUUCUAUUUGCAUAAAUGGAAGAAUUUACCUUACUUCUUUGUAGUAUUGUUUUUGAUUGUAGUUAGUUUAUCUAUGUUAGGUGGUGCUACUUUAUUGCUAUUAAGAAAGCAUACAACUUAUGCCACCGGUGUGUUGUGUGGUUGUAUUGUUCUACAAUCUUUGGUUUAUGGUAUUUUCACAGGUUCCUCUUUUAUUUUGAGAAAUUUCAGUGUUAUUGGGGGUUUACUGAUCACAUUUAGUGAUUCCAUUGUCAAGAACAAGGUUACAUUCCAAAUGUUACCUGAAUUGAACAAUAGAGAUGAAAAGACUAAAGGUUACUUGCUAUUGGCUGGUAGAAUUUUAAUUGUCAUGAUGUUCAUUGGUUUCACUUUCAGCAAAUCGUGGUUCACCGUUUUAUUAACCAUCAUUUUCACUGUUUGUUUUGCCAUCGGUUACAAGACAAAGUUUGCCUCAAUGGUACUAGUUUUGAUUUUAACUUUUUACAACGUCAUUUACAACAACUACUGGUUUCACGAUGCCUCAAAGAGAGACUUCUUGAAAUACGAAUUUUACCAAAAUUUAAGCAUUAUCGGUGGUUUGUUACUAGUCACUAAUACAGGUGCUGGUGAGAUCUCAGUCGAUGAAAAGAAAAAGAUCUAUUAA